AUGCAAGAAAACAGAAAAUAAAUACUAAAGUCUUAAGCUUCAGAUAGAAGCAUGAAGAAUGCAACAAAUACAAUUACAAAAAUAACAAAUAAAAAAAUACAACAGUUGGCAUUUUUAACUUAAUUUCCUUAAUAAAGAAAAUACACUGUUGUUGAGAAAGUCAAUAAGCUAAUAGAUAAAACAUAGAGUAAAUUAAAGAAUCAAUAAAUACCCAAGGAUGUACAAUUUUAUUAAAGAAAUAUGAAAAAAUUUGAGAAUUUGUCAUCAUUUAUUAAUUCAAAAGGAUUGUUGUCUGCUAAUUUUAGUAUGCCUAAAUUAAAGGUAAAAGAGAAAGUAAAUGAAUAGGAACAUGAGUAUGUAGAUUAUUUGCUUGCUAAAAAUUGUAAUAUUUUAUAUAAUUGUAGAUAAACUAUAAUAAGAAAGAUAAAGAAGAAAAAGUAAAUAAGUGAAAGAAGAUUAUGAGUAAUGUUGGGAAUUAGAAAAUUCUGAUUAUGAUUAUGAAUCUCCAAUUAAUGUAGGAAAAGAACUAAAAAUAGCUCAUUAGGAUCAAUUAAAAGGAGAAAUAGAAGCAAAAGCAAAAUUGUGGGAAUUUUAAUAAAUUCGUAAGUAUAAAAGGAAAAUAACUAAUAUUGAAUUUAAGAGUUCAUAAAGAUCUUCUUAACAUAAUGUUGAAGAUAAUGAUGAAAUAGUAGAAGAUACAGCUCAUUUAAAUGCACUACAUUAUAAAGAAUAAUCAGAUAAGGUAAUUAAAAUGAUUUGGAAUGCAGCUAAGAAAAUUUAUAAUAAAAAGUAGGAUUAAAUAAAAAAAGAGAUAUUAAUGCAUUAAAUAGCCAAAAAUUAUAGAUAAAAAUAAAGGGAGAUGGCUAAAGAAGAAAUCAAUAAAAUAUUAAUAAGUAAUAUAAUAUAUAUAUUCAUUUUUAGCUGGUCAAAAAUAACAUUUGACAUUUGCUAAAACAGUAAGACAUCUACCUGAAAAUGGUGAUUCUAAAUAAAAUACAGAACAAUUUUUUAGAAAAAAAGGGCAAACUUCUCGCAAAAUAUAAGUCCCAUUUUCUUUUUCUCCAUAAAACCAAUAGGAGGAUAUAAAAUCUAAUAGAAAAAUAUCAUAAAUUAAUUCGAGAUUACAUGAUAUUGUUAAUCAAAUAGACAAUAUACCUGUUGGAGAUCAGACUUAAACUAUAAGGAAAAUGUAAAGCGAACAAAUAUUGUAUUAAACAUUAAGAGAAACCCUUUAGCCAGAUCAAAUAAAGGAUACUUUAAAAGGACUAUUUCUUCCAACAGAUCAUUUAUAUAAAAGACCCUUGCAAUAUAAUAAGAAACAUUUCUAAAAUUAAAUCUUAUGA